UCAACCCCUCGCCAGGCGCAUCGCCCGCCAUUUUCCCGACCUCUCUGCCUGCUCUCGUGCCCUCCAACUCCUCUCUGUCAUCAUCAGCGUCGUCUUCCGCGCCGGGCGAAGACUACUUCUCGUCCAAGUCCUCCUCUUCUCCCUCUCCUGGUCCCUCCUCUAGCGGCUCUCCAGCACCCAGGAAUUCCGUACACCUCCACCCACAACCCAAGGCCCGGCACGGUUCAAAUCCCUCCACAGUGCGCCGCAUACGCUUCGCGCCACUCCCCGAGCCUCGACGCGAUCUCGAAACUGCCGACGACACGUUCCCCCCGGUCUUCGUGGACGACGACGCCGACGCUUCACAUCCCCACGACCUCCAGCCCCUUACUCUGUCAUCAGCGCUACAUGCUGCGACUCUUUCACUUGCUGCCCCUGGCGACUCCGACCUGUCCAGAAGAACACGGAGCUUGCCCUGUAGCGUGACCUCCAGUCCCACCACUGCGAGGAAAGCGCUGCCCGGUGACUCCCUCCUCCUUGAUCCAUCAUGCGCCCAAUCCGCCUCGGCAUCAGACCCCGCAGGUCCCACAGGCCACGACGCGCAACAUACGACCGCCGCCUCCGACCUCGGACAGGAGUGGGACGUCCUUCCCCCCUCUUCGCCCGGGCUCCCCGCACUCGCCCUGUCCGCAGCACCCGACUCCCCGCGGAAAGCGGGCAAGUGGUCGAAGAUGCUGAAGCCCCUCCUCGGGCGCUCUUCGCACGGUGGGCACACCAAGUCGUCGCUCACGCGCACGACGUCCGCGGAGGAGAUCGCGGCGAUGAAUGGUGAGCGCGGACGUGGUCUCCUCCUUGGUCUCUCUGCCUCCCGGAAUAGCAGCCGCAGUCGGGAUGCGAGCGGGAGCCGCGAGCGCGACCAGGGCCGGGAUAGGAGGGACGCCGACUUCGGACUUCCCCUGCACCGGUGGACAUCCGAGGGCCAGCCUGUACUUCCUAUCAGCAAGAAGAAGAAACACUCGCUGUUUGGGAGUGGAGGCGGAAGCGGCGGGGGAGUUCCUCUCGGACGCACCCAGAGCUUGACAUCGCUGUCGGGCAAGGACGACCGCAAGGCGCUGAAGCCCGUGAUCGCCACCAACGGCGGACGCAAGCAGCAGCGGAUGCUGAACGGACGGGUCUACGGUGCGAAGCGCAACGCGAACCCAUUCGCAAAUGUCCGAUCCGAGGAGCCCGAGUUUGUGGAGUGGGGCUACGGCGGCAUGGGCUCUGUCAAAGCAUCCGCAGGCCAAUCCCAGAUGUGGCAGAAGGUGCAGAAAGGCAAGGUCGCGAUCGGCGGCGACGAGAAUGCUUCGUGGGGCGCGCGCACAAGCGCCGACGAGGAGGAUGAUGGAAGUGGGAUGACAUGGCUGAAGAAGCGACGUGAGCAGCGCGAGCGCGAGAAGAAGGAGCUGGAGGAGAAGCAGAAAGCUGAGGCUGAGGCCGCCAACGACGUCGUCGAGUCGGCCGAGGAAUCGGCUGCGGCUGCGUCCGAGGCAAAGCCGGCGGUCGAGGUGAGCGCAGAUGCAGAGGCAGAGCAGGGUGUCGCUGCGCCGACAAGCGAGGCCGCGACGAUCACGUCCACCCCCGCGUCUGCGACACCGCUCGCCUCUGAAACGCUCCACACCCCAUCGCACGAGGAGCACAUCACCCAAACCGUCAACAUGCCCCCACUGCACAAGCGCCAUCACCACUCGCAUUCGUACUCACAUUCACAUGGCCACCACCACGGGCACGGUCACUCGCUCUCGUUGUCGCUUCCUCAUCCGGAGCGGCGGGAAAGCGCAGACACCGCUCGUGGCGUCCCCUUCCUUUCGAUGACCCCGGCCGCGAGCAACACUCCCACUGGCCAGACCGAGACCGUCGAGGACACGGAGGGUACUCCAGUCAUCGCCGGAGCGCGGUUGCGCACGGAGAGCCUCACCGAGGGCGAGAACGACGGGAGCCUAAGCAGCAGCGCCGCGAGUACCGCGAGCACGACCAGCGACGAUGUCGACGAUAGCGAGGACAGCCCGAAAGACACCGAGGGCGGGUUCGGCGCGGACGACGAGGAAGAGGACGAAGAGCUGCUUGAGGAGGAACGGAAGACGGCGCUCAGUGCUGGUGUGGAGAAGAUGGUGCGGCAUAAAGAGCACGACCACGCGCACGAGCAGGCGACCUCUACUGAGGAGGCAGCGGGCGAGGCGCAGGCAUCGAGCUAAAUUGCUCUGCCUAUAUGCGCUUCCCCUGGCCCAUCCCUGGUCCCCUUCGUCCAAUCUCAUCCUACGAAUUACGACGCCGUUGUUCCACCUGCCUGCGCACGCCAUGAAUGUGCGCCGCAGGGAGGUGGCCUCGGGCACCUCGCCAGGGCGAGACCUGCCGGCCAUCAUCAGCUGGCGCUCGCCCUGCGGCCAUGGCGCCCUUUGUAGCGAUAUACCCCCGCUUCAAGUGGCUGGCGUGCGUUCGCAAGAUCUACGCCGGCCACCUAUGGGAGCUGGGGUUGAGUUACCGGUCGUCCCUCGUCAUAGGGGCGACUGUAUGCGCGCGUUCAUCGGAUGCAAACCACCUCCACCUCUCUUCUUGUUUUAUACGCCCCUCUGUCCCGUCCCCUUGGGUUCCCCUGCUGUCGAUCUGCUGUGAAAUAUUGGUCCCCGGCUCCCCGUCUCCUGCUCGCCCCGCCUUCAUCUCCUCCGCCGCCUAGCUUUGUAUUUCCAACACCACUCUCCCACCCGCUGUAUCGCCGCUGGACGCAUGUGCAUCGCCUUCCCCCUCCUUCCGCGGCGCGACUGUAUAACUCCACACGUUGCCGACUGCAUGUCGACCCAGCCAACCCCCAUUCGUCUUCGCUGUGCAUAUUCGCUCCCCACACUCGUCGCUCAUGCUCCCCGCACCACUCCUAUGUCUACCUCAUGCAUCCAUGCCAUGCAGUAAUGGGCGGACCACACCCUGUGUGCGUCCUGUCCCCCCGUCUCGAUCUGUACCCAAAAACGCAUAGGCACCCCGUGGCCGCCGCGUACCGCGCUCCUUCAGCCGCCCUUCGUUUAUUCUCAUUUUCCUCUUCCGCCCAAUUCGCGCGCCGUUGCCCUUCGGGGCGACCGCGCGCCCUCUGCUCCACUGUCCAUAUCGUACACCCCGCCCAUGAUUGUACCGUAUGGCCCGCCUCCAGGCUCUAGUCACCGCGCACCCGCGGCGGCGUCUAAGCUCGUACCAGUAUAAUAUCUCGCAUCGCCAUCCAGCACCGUCCCCUCACAUCCUCCCCCAUCCGAACACACAACCCCAUUUCGCCCUUUGUCCAUUACCUGCACCCCUCCCGAUCCCGUUUGCGCACCGUUACUGCUCGCCCCCUACCCAUCCCGUCUCGUCUGCACAUAUACCGCAUCGGAUCGUCGUUUAGUUCGUGUACAAUAUACAUAGUUCCCGUCUCGCCCCGUCGCACUUCUGCUUCCCUGUGGAUAUAGGAUCUUGGAUCGCCUCUUCUCCCUUCUCCCUUCCCUCCACUCUUCGCCGCCUGCCCCGUACUCGUCGUAGUCGUGCUCCUUUUGCACCAUAUCGCAACUCGAGAGACCCCUUUCGCAAUCACAUCCG